AUGAAAGCUUUAUCUAUUCUUCCUAUGCCUCAUUCAUUUCUCAAAUCAAAUGAUGUUGCUCCUAUUCCUGCAAAACCUAGCCCAGACUUUGAUGAAAAACAUGAAACUAAUUGUGACAAUGGAGAAGAAAGUGACGAAAACCAAGAAUUUACUUUUGCAAGCAUCAAUCUUCAAGGAACACUUGUAUUUGCUGAUGAGAUAUUUGACAAUGGCCAAAUUCGACCAACCUACCAUGCUUUUGACCAAUCUCUUAUUUUCACUGCCUCACACGACAAUGAAACUAUGCCACUUCGACCCCCACUAAAGAAGGUCUUUGUUAAGCAAGUCAAUAGUUUCUCCUCAAACUCAAAAGUACAUUACAAAGAGACAUUGCAAGAAACAAUGGUGGUAGAAGUGGAUGCUUUAAGCAAUAAGUGUAAGAAGAGUAACUCCACAGGGUUCUCAAAGAAAUGGAGAUUUAGGAAAAACUUAAACCUUCGAAGCAAUAGUGAUGGCAAGGAUGCUUUUGUUUCAUUGAAUCCUUCAUUGGUAAUGCCAAUGAGGUCCAUUAAGGCAAAGGAGGAAAAUGUUGCUUUGAACAACAAAAAGCAUGAAAAAUCUGAAAAAUGCAAAACUUUGUCGGCUCAUGAGAAGCUUUAUGUGUCGAAUAGAAAGCGAAGGGAGAGCACUAAAAAAAAGUCAUGCUUGCCUUAUAAAAAGGAGUUAAUUGGAUUCUUUGCCAAUAUGAACGGAUUCAGUAGGAACCUUCAUCCCUUUUGA